GGGUGGGGUGACGGACAGCAGGUGUUUACAUAUAGAGCCUCUGGCCUCAGCUUCAUCGCAGCUCGUCUUCAUCGCAGCUCGUCUUCAUCGCUGAGUACGUCGUCGCCGACUUCUGAACCAACAUGAACCCCAAAAAUGUCGUUUUCAAGAAGAUUUGCAAAGACAAGUCGGUUGCAGUUUACAUGGGGAGACGGGACUUUGUGGACCGAGUGGACUCCGUGGAUCCAGUGGAUGGCGUCAUCCUGAUCGAUCCCGAGGCUCUGCAGGGGAGGAAAGUCUUCGUCACCCUGUCCUGCACCUUUCGCUACGGCAGAGACGACAUGGACGUGAUGGGCAUCGCCUUCCGCCGCGAGCUGUACCUGUCCACCCGCCAGGUGUACCCGGCCCUGCAGGACCGCGAGAAGGGGACCCACACCAGGACGCAGGCCAAGCUGCUGCGAAAGCUGGGACAAGACGCCUACCCGUUCUUCUUCGAGUUUCCCGACAACCUGCCUUGCUCAGUGGCUCUCCAGCCGUCGGCCCAAGACGGCGGCAAGCAAUGUGCCGUGGAGUUCGAGAUCCACGCGUUCAGCGCCGAGAGCCAAGACGCCAAGAUCCGCAAACGGAGCUCCGUGAAGCUGACCAUCAGGAAGGUGCAGUACGCUCCGGAGACGGAGGGCGCGGCUCCGUCCGUGGAGACCACGCGGGACUUUGUCAUGUCGGACAAACCGCUGCACGUCAAGGCCAGUCUGGACAAAGAGAUCUACUACCACGGUGAUUGCGUCAAAGUGCACGUCAUCGUGACCAACCAUUCCAGCAAAACCAUCAAGAACGUCAUCGUCUCUGUGGAUCAGGUCUCCACGGUGGUGUUGUACUCCAACGACUGCUACGUCAAAUCUGUGGCCAUCGAGGAACCCGGGGAUUCGGUGUCUCCAGGAGCGACUCUCCAGAAGGUCUACACUUUGCUGCCUCUGCUGGCCAACAACCGGGAGAGGAGAGGCAUCGCCGUGGACGGAAAGCUGAAGCACGAAGACACAAACCUGGCUUCAUCCAGCAUCGUCAAGGACGGUGUGCUGAAGGAGGUGAUGGGGAUCAUGGUUUCAUACAGAAUCAUGGUGAAGCUCAUUGUUGCAGGGAUGAUAGGAUCAAGUGAAGUCGGUGUGGAGAUUCCCUUCAAACUGAUGCACCCUAAACCUGAUGCAGUGAAGGAGAGCGAGCUGGAGGAGGAGAUGGAGUUCCAGGAGUUCAAGCGCUCCUACCUGAAGGGGAUGAACGAGGACGAGGACGAGGAGGGAAACGUGUCGGGCGGCGACGACAUCGCGCCCAAAGAGAAAUGAAGAAGAGCUGCGGCUGCCCUGACGCCUUUGUGCUAGAAAGAAGUCAGCGCUUGAUUAAAGGAUAGUACUUAGUACAUUUAGGUAUUUUCAGAUCCGUAGUAUGAAUGACGCUCUUUUCUGCAAGCUGAGAAAAGGUGGAGUGAGGAUGAAGAAGGUGAAGAAGCUGUUUUAGUUUGAAUAUCUGUGUUUUGUGGUAGUAAUGAAUUAGUUAACUUUGACUGAGAAGACGCUUCGCUUGUGUCGCUCACUUUAAAACUGAAGGCUUAAGAUUUGUUGUUGUUUGCAGAAUUUACGACACUGUAAAAGUUUAAAUUGCUGAGGAUGUGAUUGGACACGGUGACGUUUGAACUGUGAGCCAAUAAAAGAUGAUUCCUUCAGGC